ACCAAUGUUACAACGCCUAGCCUAGCUAUUUAUUCAACUGUAUAUUACACAGAACUUUCUGAUUUUCUCCUUCAGUUCAAGAUUUGCGCUCCACACUAUAACAUAAUCUGUUCUUCAUCAGGAGAAAAAAACAAAGAUAUUGAUGGCUGAAAAACCUAAUCUCAGUAUUAUAGUUCCCCCUGAAGAAGUUUCAGUUUCCAAGUUCCUUACCAAAAAUGGUACGUUUAUGGAUGGCGAUCUGCGUGUGAAUGGCAAUGGACUUCGAAUUGGCUCGCCAAGCGAAACUGAAACCCCACUUCCGAUUUCGACAUCGGACAGCAAAUGGAAUAUAGCAGAAAUAUGCAAAAUUAAGAAGAUCGGCGAGGCAAAUAGUAUUGUUUGGUUGGCGCAACACAAGAACAAAGAGCAGCUAUUUGCAUUAAAGGUUAUAAAAUUGAACCUUGACGAUACUGCUCGAAAAUCAAUUCGGCGGGAAUUGGAAAUUAAUCUGUCAGUGCAAUGUCCAUAUGUUGUCAAGUAUUAUGAGUCUUUCUAUGCAAAUGGUGAAUUUUCGAUUCUUUUGGAGUAUAUGGAUUGCGGAACUUUGGAAGAUCUUCUGCAAAAUGUAAAACAAAUUCCAGAACCAUAUAUUGCAGCCAUUUGUAAGCAGGUGCUUGAGGGUUUAUCAUAUCUUCAUCAUCAUGAAAAACACAUCAUUCACAGGGACUUGAAACCUUCUAAUUUAUUAAUCAAUCAGAAAGGAGAAGCAAAGAUUAGCGACUUUGGUGUGAGUGCAACAUUAGCAAAAACCUAUGGACACGCAUAUACUUAUACAGGGACGAGAUACUAUAUGGCUCCUGAGAGAAUUAAUGAAGCAAGAUAUCAUGACCACAAAAGCGACAUUUGGAGCCUGGGUUUGGUAUUUCUGGAGUGUGCAACUGGUCAAUUUCCAUAUGACCGGGAAGACUACUUUCGUUUUCUGAAGACUGUUGUUAACCAAGAACCACCUCGUGCACCUUCUGAUCAAUUUUCUCCGGAGUUUUGCUCCUUCAUAUCUUCAUGUUUGCAGAAAAAACCAGAAGACAGAAAAUCAGCACGUCAACUUUUGGAAGAUCCUUUCUUGAAAAAGUAUGAAAGUCAGGGAGUAGAUCUCUCAGCUCUCUUCAGAAAUACUCUCCACUCUUCUGAAACUUUUGAUGCAACUGAGAAACCCAUUCCUGAAGGACCUCCAGUUGAACUAGAAUCAACGGAAGAGGCACCAACCCCGAAAAGAAAAUCUAAUUCUUUCGGAAAUCAACCUGGCUUGGAGAGUGAAAAAACUACUGCUUCCAUGCCGAAUCCUCAGAUAGAACAAGCGACUCCUUCAACAUCAUCGAUGAAUAAAUACAUAGGUUCUGAGGUAAGAGUUUCGUCCAAGAGAAAGCAUAAAGAGGUGACAAAUCAACCAGAAAAAGUAGACUCGUUGCCUCCCAAGAAAUCUUUGCCGGUUGUUCAGUCUGAGAGUGUCCAAUCUAUAGGCACUCUCAAUAUCUUAGUGGAUCAUUUUCCGGCGUCGAUCCUUCCUGAAAAUUCGGCUCCAUUGGUCUUGAGGACGGAGAAUACAACUGUCCAAGCCACUGAUUUUUCUGUCUCUCAGUCAAAUUCUUCACUGGCAGCCGAUCUUUCUAAAAUAGAAGACGACGAGGACUUUUUUCGACAGAUCCUUCUUUCCUUGUCUCAACCAGAGCCUGGCAUUCCUACAGCUCCCUUUUCUUCGGUCUUAGCUAACUCGAGCAAAGUGCCCGUGGGGACACAAGUGUUGAAUGCUCUGGAUAUUAUCAGGCAGAUUUUGGAACAAGGGGACGACGUCUUCACUAUUCCCCAAUUGUUUGACCGAUUUGUUGACAGCUUGGAGACUGUAGUUCGUUAUGAUGGCGGCGGCCAGAUGAACGUUCAUAGUUUGACGAUCGUCAAGAGUAUAGCUCGAGACAUUCGGCGCUUAAAAACUGAUUUCGAUGCCCCUUACGCGUUUGGGAUAUCCUUAGAUCAAAAGAAGAAGCAGCAGGAAGACUUGCAUGUCCAGUGCAAGUCAACUAUCCAGGCUGGGCUGGCCAAGACGAUGGAGAGGAAAGCUGUCUCCGCCAAAGUCAUAGAGCUUGAAGCUAGACUAGCCGAAAUGAAAGUAAAGGAGAUGGCACUUAAGGCUGAAGUCAACAGUUUAAAAGACAAGGUGGAGGCCCAACAAGAAAACCUCCGUUCACUGGCAUCCUCGAUUUCAGCAGAUGAGAAAGAACAAGAAAGGCUACUUGCAAAAAAAGAAUUGGCCUGUCAAGCACUGCUGGACUUUGGUGCUAGUAUCUUCCCGUCCGAUGAGACUCCUCCUUAAUAUUAUCUUCUUUUUUUUUUUUUUUUUUU